CGAAUCAGAUUACAAUAGGAUAACCAAUUACGAUCGACUUUGUGUUUUGAAAGUACACCGUCAUAGCAACGUAGUUAGUAGUCGUCUAGAGUAAAAGUAAGAUUUCGUUUCGAGGAUAUUAAAGUUGUAUCGUACGGUGUGACUUUCGUUAUCGGACGAUAGAAAAUUCAAGAAAAUGUCAUUGUUUAAAACGAAAGAGUGGUGGAGAACGAAAUGCGGAUCAAACGAGACGUUCGAUCGAUCGAGUCUCCUCGUGGCUCCUUUAUUUGGGGACGACAGAAAGGAUUGCAUCGUAAUUGGCAGUCAUCAAGGAUAUUUAAGGAUAUAUUAUUUAUCAUCGCAAUGGCAGGACGAAACGAAAUCUUCGACAGGUUACAAAUCUAUCGAUCUUAUGACCGAAACAAAACUCGGCGAUUGUAUCGUCGACUUAAAGGCGGGAAAAUUGGUAUCUGGCUCUCAAGAUCCUCAUCUGGCAGUAUUAACAUCGAACAAGCUCAUCGUUUACACGGUUACAUUGACGAAGGGAUCCACCGAACAGGGAGAUCAGUGUAAUCUGGAAAUUGCUUACGAACACAGGUUACCACGCUUUCCUGCAUCCCUCGUAGUUGGUCCAUUCGGUGGUGUACGUGGCAGAGACUUCCUAUGCGUCCAAUGCUUGGACGGAACGUUAUUUUUUUACGAGCAAGAAGCUUAUGCCUUCAGUCAACUUCUAAGGAAUCGUCUGUUGCCCGAACCGAUCGUUUACAUUUCGCGGAACGACGUCUUCGUCACUUCGAAUUGCUCGUGGAUCCUCGAAUGCUACAGGUAUCAAAAUAUAGCAGAGUUUGGAAGAAAUCAAAAGCAGGGAGAAACGAAGAACGAAGCGGCGAAGAGCUUGGAACCAGAAUGGAGUUACAACAUAGGAGAGGCUGUAGUCGAUAUCGGUGCUGUUACCUUGAGCAGUUUCGAGAUCGGGAUCGUCGUUCUCGGGGAGAAAAAUCUCUACUGCUUCAAGGACACCGGUGCUUCGUUAAAGUACACAAAAAGGCUCGACUACAAAGCACUUUGUUUUCACGCUUACGUCAUAGAACCGGAUGGGAAACUGAUGGUGUUCGUAAUUGCCGAUACAAGCACCUUGAUGAUUUACGAGGGUACGACUCUCAAGUGGUCGGCACAGCUACCGUUCGUUCCGGUCGCCGUAACUAGAGCACAUUUUCAGUACCUGGAUGGUUUAAUCGUUAUACUUUCGGAGGAAGGACAAUUGGAGGCUUGUUAUUUAGGCUCGGAACCUUCUCUUUUCAUAGCACCGGCUGUUCAUCGACGUGGAUUUGAUUAUGUUGCUGCGGAAGAGGAAUUGUUAGAAGUACGUAGGAAAUUGAAGGAGAUGAAACUUUCGGGCGAUCAACUAGCAGUCACACCUGUAACUGACAUGGAACUGCUCGUUAAUGUCAACAUUUCUCCCGAUCUGGAACCUUGUCCUUUCGUUGAUAAAGAGUCGAAGGAGGAUCAAGAGAUACGACAAUUGUCUAUGUGUAGGGCAACCAUAGAAUUAUCAUCUUACACAACACUUUACGGUGUGCAAGUUUGCAUCGACGUGUCGAAACCAUUCGUCUCUACGAUCACUUAUCGUGUCAUUCAAAAUCUCUGCGACAAACAGGUCGUUCAAACGUUGAUUUAUCCAAGUGGAAAUUUACCUGUUAUGUCAUCCGAAGUUAAAAUCACUGCUACGUACGAGAACGAUCGUGGGAAUCUUCGCAUAAUGCAAAAGACGACGGAGUUGCCCUUAAAGUUGAUGUUGAGAGCUUGUCCGCCCGAAAACACAUCGACCUUUACCGUUAUCAUAAAGUGCAACGAGUCGCUCGUGGGAUUCAAUCAGCUCUUUCCGGAAUUUAGCGGAGAUCAUCUUCGAAGACAAAAUUGGAAUACGUUGGGUCUACAGCACAUCCAAACUGGACAAGUAGUGACGAUCGUUUCCGGUAGUACAAGCAACCGAUAUCGAGUGCAGUCGAACGACGGUCUAUCGAUGUCCUUGGUAGUGCAGCAGCUGGUUAACAGGCUCAAGGACAAGUCGACAGGAAGGCUCGCAGCAUCCAUAAGCCAGCAUCACGUGCAACUGGUGCACGUGCAGAUGGAACUUCACUUUCUAUGUCGGCAGGAAGUUGAUCGAAUAAACACCGAACUAGCUUUGCUGAUGACCCAGUUGAGAAAUAUCGAGAAAAGGAUGUUAAGAGCUGCGAGGGAGAGGAAUAGCCGAUCUUUAACCGCUACAGGAUUAUCCUUCCUCUUAAGCUCGACGUAUGAUGCGAUCUCCGGACUUCUUGACGAUCUUGCGGCGGCUCAAACGAAACGAGAGCAUGCCAGGCAUGGUUUGCACUGCGCGCUGAGGUUGCUGCUCCUGCUCUUGCGGCUUAACGUAAAUAACGAUAAGUAUACGAUUCUGGAGUCGGCGAUCGGAUUCGAGGCACAGCUGCGUGACGAAGUCAAUUGGGAAGAAGUUGCGGAUGCUGGUUUAGCUGCUUUCUUAAGAUCUGUCUCGAAGAAACAAGCCAACAACGCGGAGAACAAAUCGUUUUCAUGGAAUAAAUUCACGUCGAUGAAAGAUGUAGCCAAAUUAAAGAAACGUUUGACACAUGCCGUGGAACGACUGGACGAUUGUAAAGAGUCUGGUAUCGAUGAGAACGAGACUGAAAGUGGUAACUUCAAUUUCUCAUAACGACGUCGCCAAAAUUCGAUUUGACACUAUUUUUGUGGUAGGAAAAGAAAAUAAAAAGAAAAAAAAAAAGAGAAAAAUAUCAGAAGAAAAUAACAAAAAAAAAUAAAUAAAAAUAAAAGAAACAGAAAAAAAGAAGAAGAAAAUAGGUAAACGAAGGAAAGAUGAUAUCGAGAUAAGAUUAAAUAAAAAAAAGAAUUAUAAACGAGAAAAGGGAGGAAAGAGAAACGCAUGAGACAGACAGACAGAGAGAGAGAGAGAGAGAGAGAGAGAGA